AGGGGGGUAGCGGUGGGAGGAGGAGGAGGAGGCAAAGGAGGAGGAGGAGGGAGAACCCUGUGCAACGUUGGGACUUGGCAGCCCGCCUCCCCCUGCCCAAGGAUAUUUAAUUUGCCUCGGGAAUCGCUACUUCCAGAGGGGAACUCGGGAGGGAAGGCGCGCGCGCGCCUGCAGGGGCAAGGCAGGGACCCCCUGGCCGCAGCUGCCUCGCUGCGCAGGACUUCAGCCCGGCCGGCGAGCGAUGCAUCUUGGCUGCUGCUGGGCAGCGGCGGCUGAGUGGACCACUCGGAUCUCGGAGGAUCGGGGCUACCCCUACCCCGGACUCACUGCCUCACCCCUGGGCAUGAAACGCCUGUGAACUCGGGUCGGGCUAUCUGCUUGGCGCAGCCACUGCGUCCUUCUUUGGCCUGCCCUCCCCGGCGCGGGGGACGACGUGGGUUUCGGAGUCGGGGGUUUUUGCGCCUCCAGCCCUGUUUGCUUGUGCGGGGCCGCGGCGAGGAGCCUCCGCCCCCCACCCAGUUGUUUUUCUGUGCCUGCCUCUCCUCCGCGGCGGCGGCGGUGGCGGCGGCAGCAUGGCGAGCCCUACGGAGACCGAAGGCUUUUCGGACGUGCGCAAGGUGGGCUACCUGCGCAAACCCAAGAGCAUGCACAAGCGCUUCUUCGUGCUGCGGGCGGCCAGCGAGGCGGGGGGCCCCGCGCGCCUCGAGUACUACGAGAACGAAAAGAAGUGGCGGCACAAGUCGAGCGCCCCCAAACGCUCGAUCCCCCUGGAGAGCUGCUUCAACAUCAACAAGCGGGCUGACUCCAAAAAUAAGCACCUGGUGGCUCUCUACACCCGGGACGAACACUUUGCCAUUGCGGCCGACAGCGAGGCCGAGCAGGACAGCUGGUACCAGGCCCUCCUGCAGCUGCACAGCCGUGCCAAGGCCCACCACGAUGGGGCCUCCGGCUCUGGGGCGGGAGGUGCCGGGGGCAGUUGCAGCGGCAGCUCUGGCGUGGGCGAGGCUGGGGAGGACCUGAGCUACGGAGACAUGCCCCCGGCCUUCAAGGAGGUCUGGCAAGUGAUCCUGAAACCCAAGGGUCUGGGUCAGACAAAGAACCUGAUCGGCAUCUACCGCCUGUGCCUCACCAGCAAGACCAUCAGCUUCGUGAAGCUGAACUCGGAGGCCGCCGCUGUGGUGCUCCAGCUCAUGAACAUCCGACGUUGCGGCCACUCCGAGAACUUCUUCUUCAUCGAGGUGGGCCGCUCCGCCGUGACCGGGCCAGGCGAGUUCUGGAUGCAGGUGGAUGACUCCGUGGUGGCCCAGAACAUGCACGAGACCAUUCUGGAGGCCAUGAGGGCCAUGAGCGACGAGUUCCGCCCUCGCAGCAAGAGCCAGUCCUCGUCCAACUGUUCCAACCCCAUCAGCGUGCCCCUGCGCCGUCACCACCUCAACAACCCCCCGCCCAGCCAGGUGGGGCUUACGCGUCGCUCACGCACCGAGAGCAUCACUGCCACCUCCCCGGCCAGCAUGGUGGGCGGGAAACCAGGCUCCUUCCGGGUCCGCGCCUCCAGCGACGGCGAGGGCACUAUGUCGCGCCCGGCCUCGGUGGACGGCAGCCCCGUGAGCCCCAGCACCAACAGGACCCACGCCCACCGGCACCGGGGCAGCUCUCGGCUGCACCCACCGCUCAACCACAGCCGCUCCAUACCCAUGCCUUCUUCUCGCUGCUCGCCUUCAGCCACCAGUCCGGUCAGCCUGUCGUCCAGCAGUACCAGUGGCCAUGGCUCCACCUCGGACUGCCUCUUUCCGCGGCGGUCGAGUGCCUCUGUGUCAGGUUCACCCAGCGAUGGCGGCUUCAUCUCUUCGGACGAGUAUGGCUCCAGCCCUUGCGACUUCCGAAGCUCUUUCCGCAGUGUCACUCCGGAUUCCUUGGGCCACACCCCGCCGGCCCGCAGCGAGGAGGAGCUCAGCAACUACAUUUGCAUGGGCGGCAAAGGGGCCUCCACCCUGGCUGCCCCCAAUGGCCACUCUGUUUUGCCUAGGGGAGGCAAUGGCCACCGCUACAUCCCCGGGGCGGGCCUGGGUACCAGCCCCGCCUUGGCUGCCUUGGCUGUGGAUGAGGCAGCCGGGGCUGCGGACCUGGAUAACCGUUUCCGAAAGAGAACCCACUCGGCGGGCACCUCCCCUACCAUUUCUCACCAGAAGACCCCGUCGCAGUCCUCGGUGGCCUCCAUUGAGGAGUACACGGAGAUGAUGCCAGCCUACCCACCAGGAGGUGGCAGUGGAGGCCGGCUACCCGGCUGCCGGCACUCCGCCUUUGUGCCCACCCACUCCUACCCGGAGGAGGGUCUGGAAAUGCACUCUUUGGAGCGCCGUGGGCCCCCCCACCGCCAGGACACUGAUGAUGGCUACAUGCCCAUGUCCCCUGGUGUGGCCCCGGUGCCUGGUGGCCGCAAGGGCAGCGGAGACUACAUGCCCAUGAGCCCCAAGAGCGUGUCUGCUCCUCAGCAGAUCAUCAAUGCCAUCAGACGCCAUCCCCAGCGAGUGGACCCUAAUGGUUACAUGAUGAUGUCCCCCAGUGGCAGCUGCUCCCCAGACGUUGCAGGUGGGCCCAGCAGCAGCAGCAGCAGCGGUGGUGGUGGAACCAGCAACAUCAGUGCUACUGCUUCUGGGAGCAGCUAUGGGAAGCUGUGGACCAAUGGGGUGGCAGGCCACCACACCCAUGCUCUGCCUUCCCCUAAACCCCCGGUGGAGAGCAGUGGUGGCAAGCUGUUACCUUGCACAGGUGAAUACAUGAACAUGUCGCCAGUGGGUGACUCCAACACCAGCAGCCCCUCCGACUGCUACUACGGCCCCGAGGACACCCAGCACAAGCCAGCCCUCUCCUACUACUCCUUGCCAAGGUCCUUUAAGCACACCCAGCGUCCAGGGGAGCUGGAGGAAAGUGGCCGGCCCCAGCAUCUCCGCCUUUCCUCCAGCUCUGGUCGCCUUCUCUACACUGCAACUGCUGAAGAUUCUUCAUCCUCCACCAGCAGUGACAGCCUGGGAGGCGGCUACUGUGGAGCCAGGCCGGACCCUGGCCUCCCACAUCCCCACCAUCACGUCUUGCAGCCCCACCUGCCCCGAAAGGUGGACACUGCUGCUCAGACCAACAGUCGCCUGGCACGGCCCACGAGGCUGUCCCUGGGGGAUCCCAAGGCCAGCACCUUGCCUCGGGUCCGAGAGCAGCAACUGCAGCAGCAGCAAAAGCAGCAGCCCCUGCUGCUCCCUUCGGAGCCCAAGAGCCCAGGGGAAUAUGUGAAUAUUGAAUUCGGGAGUGAUCAGCCUGGCUACUUGUCAGGCCCUGUGGCUCCCCACAGCUCUCCCUCUAUCAGGCCACCGCUCCAGCCAGCUCCCAGACAGGAGACGGCCAAUGAGGAGUACAUGAACAUGGAUCUGGGUCCUGGCCGGAGGGCCACUUGGCAGGAGAGUGCCGGGGCUGAGACAGGCAGAGUGGGCCCUGCCCCUCCUGGGGCUACUAGUGUCUGCAGGCCAACCCGGGCAGUGCCCAGCAGCCGAGGGGACUAUAUGACCAUGCAGAUGGGCUGUUCCCGCCAGAGCUAUGUGGAUACCUCCCCAGCUGCCCCUGUCUGCUAUGCUGACAUGCGGACAGGCAUUGCUGCCCAGGAGGCCAGCCUGCCCCCGGCUGCUGCGGCUGCUCCUUCUCCAGCCUCGGCUGCCUCUUCUCCCUCUGCACCUCAAGGAGCCGCCGAAGUGGUGACCCGCUCUUCCCUGCUGGGGGCGCCUCAAGGAGCUGGGGCCGUGAGUGCCUUCACCCGGGUGACCCUGAGUCCCAGUCGCAACCAGAGUGCCAAAGUGAUCCGUGCAGACCCACAGGGGUGCCGGAGGAGGCACAGCUCCGAGACCUUCUCCUCUACACCCAGUGCCACCAGGGCGGGCAACACUGUGUCCUUCGGAGGGGGUGCCGCAGGAGGGGGCAGUGGUGGUGGUAGCGGCAGCAAGGAGGUGAAACGCCACAGCUCUGCUUCCUUUGAGAAUGUGUGGCUAAGGCCUGGGGAGCUCGUGGGAGCCCCCAGGGAGACAGGCCAAGUGUGUGGGCCUGCAGGGGCUGUGGAGAAUGGUCUGAACUACAUAGACCUGGAUUUGGUCAAGGACGUCAAGCAGCGCCCUCAGCAGCGUCUCCCUCAGCCGCAGCCUCCUCCGCCCGCGCCCCCUCAUCCUCACCAGCGCUCAGGCAGCAGCGAGAGCUGCUCCACCAGCCGCCCCAGUGAGGAUUUAAGCACCUAUGCCAGCAUCAGUUUCCAGAAGCAGCCAGAAGACCGCCAGUAGCUCGACUGGACAUCAUAGCAGAAUGAAGACCUAAACAACCUCAGCAAAUCCUCCUUUAACUCAUGGGUACCCAGACUCUGAAUAGUUCAUAAUUCACAUCUAGGACCUCAUAUCCUCCUCUUCAGUAGAUGGUACGAAGCCUCCAUUUCAGUUUGUUUACUUUCCACGAUCCUCAGGAGUUAGUUGACUGAACUGCACACUCUCUGUUGUGCCAAGCAAAAAAGCACUGUGACACCAGGACAAUGACUCGGUGUAAACUUCAUCCUCAACAUUAAGGACUUAGCUGGCCAUGAUGAGUUGAUGUGCCCACCACAAGCCACCACGGGAGAAUUGGCUUUCUGCUCAUCGCAUUGUCAAGAUCCAUUUCAUUUGCUGCUGAAACUGUGUGUGACAAAGCGUCGUUGUAAAUUAUUUGCUACAGAACUGUUCAUGUUGGGUGGAGAGAGUGUUAACUAUUUAACAUAGGUUUUGGUUUCUAUGUGUAAUUUUUAAAGAAAAAAUAGCUUUUCUUAUAAUACAUCUUUCUGUUUUUGGAUGUGGGACUGAGGUAUACAAUGUUCUGUUACAAAGAGUGGAGCGAAUGCUUAAAACAAGGCUAAAAAGAGUAGCAUAGAGUAUGAUCCUUGUUUUAAGAUAGUAAUUCAGAAAAAUAAUAUAAUAAGAAUACUAGUGCCAUAGACAGUUCUCAAUUGUAUAGCUGUAUUUGCUGAUACUGUCUCUUGUAAUAUAGACCUGAUGCUGGGCUGAGUUCCUUACAAGAAAUAAUAUUAAUUUUGUAUUUUUCCUGUAAGACCAUAGGCCAUGUUAAUUAAACUGAAGAAGGAUUUAUUCAUCCUACUGGGUGUGUUCAACUGUCAGCUUAAAAUUGGCACUUGAAUGGAAGCAAAAUUACAAGUAAAGGAAAUCCAAGUCUUCCAUUGUAUAUAUUGUAAAGAGGAGGUAAGGGUGACCCCUUCAAAUCAAAGUCACUCUUUGGAAUGAACCAUGUGGGUGUUUGUAAAUUCUGGAAAUGUCUUUCUACUCAUAAUAAACUAGAUACUGUCGAGCCUUUCUUCUCUCCCUUCCCCCACUUCUGUAGGCUUCCCCACUCCAUUCCCCUAGAGAUUUUUUGGUGUGUGUGCACAAGUUAUGAUAUUUCAUUUCCUGCAUUAUCUUGAGAAAGGUGGUAAGACAAGUGAGUGCUUGCUAACCAGAAAUUAAAAUUCCAGAAAGUGUUUUUGAUCAUGA